UUUAGCGGGUAGAAUCCGUUAUGCGGCAGAAGCUUAUUUUAAUCGUCUCCACUCACUAAUCAGCAGCAUUUCGACAGCUGAAACUUUCAAGAAGACUGCUGUUUUGCACCCCUUCUGCGAUUUUGAGCAGGUAGAUCAUGGGAAACAAGCAAGCAAAGUCUGUAAAGCCACAGAAGGAAGAAGUGCUGUUGAAGAUUGUGCCUCCUAUAGAUCAAGCCUAUGCUCGCUGGCUUUUUCGAGAUCUCGAGAGGAUUCAUGGCAUUGCUCCAAGAAACCCUCGAGCCAUAGAGCCACCAGAGCAUUACAUUGAGUACAUGCGUCUGAAUGGAUGGUUGGAUGUAGACCUGGAUGACCCUGAUCUGGCACACUUGUUCAAGUAAAUGAUCUUUGCUUGUCAAUAUCCAGAAAGAGUAGCACUUAGGCAACUGAUGGAAGAUAAAGCACUGGGACAUGCACCCUCACCAUUCUGCAUAUGGACCCUUUGUUAUAACAUUUUGUAUGAGCUGAAUCAUUAUUCAGACAUAUAAAGAGUGGAUGAGAGUAUAUUAUCGCAGAUUGGGAUCAAUGUUUGCACCUCUUAAGAACUGCAUUUUUGUAUAGAUAGGAAUUAUCAUUCUUGCUCCAAUUUGCCUAUUGUGAGGCUUUCAUUACAGCGGUAAUGGGUACUCGCCCAAAAGAACAAAAAAUGGCACAUGAUCUCGUAACAUUCUGGCA